AUGGCCGAACCCGAGCGUGGCAACGAGCCUGCCACCGACACGCAGCAGCCGACCUCGACGCAGGAGACAGCUGCACCACAGCCAGAGACGCAGCAGGUCUCACCCCAGACUCAGACAGCUCAUGUCGAGCCGAAGCUGAGCAAUGGAAGCUCUGACAUUGAAGACGAAGAGCGCGCAGAGAGAGAUCGCAUCGACCUCCAGCACAACAUAUCCGCAAAAGUGCAGAACCCGCUGGCCGGCAUCCCCAAGAGACAGCUUCUCCGUGAUGUGGACGAGUUUGCGACCAAGUACGGGAUCGAAGAUGCUCUGCCGCUGCUGCGAAAGGGCGCCCUCAUAGCAAAGGAUCCCGCCAACUUCGAGACCGUCGAGGGCCUGACCGACGACGAGCGAGACUCUAUCCGCCGGGAGGUCACUCACAAGUGGCGCCAGCCAUGGUCGAUGUACUUUACCAUCAUCCUCUGCUCUAUCGGAGCUGCUGUGCAAGGAUGGGAUCAGACUGGUUCCAACGGUGCCAACCUCUCAUUCCCCAAAGCUCUAGGUAUCGAUGAUUCUCCGGGAGCUCCCAAUGCUGAGGUGAACUCCUGGCUUGUUGGUCUCGUCAACUCUGGCUGCUGGCUUUCCGACCCCCUGAACCAGUAUCUCGGUCGUCGAGGUACCAUCUUUGUCUCCGCGGUAUUCUGUGUCUUGACCCCCAUCGGCUCUGCUGUAGCUCAAACAUGGGAACAACUGCUCGCAACCCGUCUCCUCCUCGGUGUUGGAAUGGGUACAAAGGCCUCCACUGUUCCCAUCUUCUGCGCUGAAAAUACGCCAGCUAUAGUCCGCGGUGGCCUCGUCAUGAGCUGGCAGCUGUACGUUCCCCUUUCGGCUCCUUUCCUAAGUUUGCAUAUGACUAACAUCUUUACUAGAUGGACCGCGUUCGGUAUCUUCCUCGGAUUCACUGCUAACCUGGUUGUGAAAGAUGUUGGAACAAUCGCAUGGCGCUUGCAAGUUGGUUCUGCUUUCAUCCCAGCUGUCCCUCUCGUGGCAAUGGUGUACCUCUGUCCCGAGUCGCCGCGUUGGUAUAUUAAGAAGGGCAAGAUCUCCAAAGCUUUCCAUUCUCUCAAGCGGUUAAGAAACCACCAGAUUCAGGCUGCUAGAGACCUCUACCUGAUCUACUCCCAGAUCCAGAUCGAGGCCGAGCUCGCCGGAGACAGCAACUACAUCACCCGUUUCUUCCAACUAUUCACCAUUCCCCGAGUUCGACGUGCAACUCUGGCUUCCUUUGUCGUCAUGAUUGCCCAGCAGAUGUGCGGAAUCAACAUCAUGGCCUUCUACUCGUCAACUAUCUUCAAACAAGCCGGCGCCAGUGAGUCUGAGGCUCUCAUUGCCUCAUUCGGUUUCGGUCUUGUCAACUUCGUCUUUGCGUUCCCCGCCAUUUGGACCAUCGAUACCUGGGGUCGACGAGCUUUGUUGAUCUUCACUUUCCCACAGAUGACAUGGACUCUCCUGGCAGCCGGUUUCUGCUUCUACAUUCCGGAGGAAAACAGGGCCCACCUCGGUCUCGUUGCCUUCUUCGUCUUCCUCUUCGCUGCCUUUUACUCUCCUGGUGAGGGACCAGUGCCGUUCACAUACUCUGCUGAAGUGUUCCCCUUGUCCCAUCGUGAGGUCGGUAUGUCAUGGGCUGUGGCAACCUGUCUUUUCUGGGCAGCAGUGCUCUCCGUCUCGUUCCCCCGAAUUCUUCAAGCCAUGACCCCAACUGGUGCCUUUGGCUUCUACGCUGGCCUGAACGUCCUUGCCCUGAUAAUGAUUUAUCUCUGGGUUCCUGAAACAAAGCAACGCACCCUUGAGGAACUCGACUACAUCUUUGCUGUCCCCACAACCACUCACAUGCACUACCAAGUCUUCAAGGUCCUGCCUCACUUCUUCCGUCGACAUAUCCUCCGCCAGAAGCACGCUGAGCUCGAACCCUUGUACAAGUUCGAUGAACUUCACCGAGACGACGACAGUGAUGACGCCCGCCCCAGUGUCCAGGCUGACCACGGGGCGACAGCAGAGAAGAUGUGA